CUCCAGCCCUACCAGAUUUUGUGAGGCCAUCUUUGUCUUCCGGGCAAUGGAGAAAAGGACGACAGCCACGCCACUGACUCUGAGGUUCAUGGCAAGCAUCAUAUUUUUUGUUCUUGGUCACCAAGUUCUUUCCAUAGAUAUUCACAAAGGAAGGCAUUAUGUUGCUGCUGUGUAUGAGCAUCACAUCAUCUUGAAUCCCAGUCCAGCGGCUAUCAUUGAUCGACACACUGCAUUACAAUUGAUGAAGAGAAAUCUAGAUAUUUAUGAAGAGCAAGUUAUUAAUGCAGCGAAACAGGGGGCACAAAUAAUUAUCUUUCCUGAAGAUGGAAUUCAGGGUUUCAACUUCACAAGGGCAUCCAUUUAUCCUUACUUGGAUUUCAUUCCAAACCUGGACUGUCUGAUAUGGAAUCCAUGCAAAGAAUUUUACUUAUUCAAUGACACUGAGGUUCUCCAUCGACUCAGCUGUAUGGCACUGAAGAAUCAAAUGUUUUUAGUUGUAAAUUUAGGAACUAAAGAGCCCUGCACACAAAGUGAUCCCCACUGCCCACCAGAUGGAAGAUACCAGUUUAAUACCAAUGUAGUAUUUAGUGACAAUGGCACACUCAUAGCCAGAUACCGAAAACAAAACCUAUAUUUUGAAUAUUCCUUUAAUACUCCACCAGAAAUAGAUUACACAAUUUUUGAUACACCUUUUGCAGGCAAAUUUGGCAUCUUUACUUGCUUUGAUAUCCUAUUUUAUGAGCCAACUGUGACCCUUAUAAAGCAAUACAACAUAACCCAGGUUGCAUAUCCCACUGCAUGGAUGAACCAACUCCCACUUCUGUCUGCUGUAGAAUUUCAACGAGCUUUUGCAACUGCUUUUAAAAUAAAUCUUUUGGCAGCAAAUAUCCAUCAUCCUGACUUGGGUAUGACAGGCAGUGGUAUAUAUACACCAUCAAAAUCUUUUAUUUAUUAUGAUAUGGAAAGCAUUGAUGGUAAGCUUAUAGUCGUAGAAAUCCCAGUUAUGACAUCAGAUCAUGAAGCUAAUAUAGAAAACAAUGCAAUGUCCUACAAUAGUCAAAAGAGUUUUUCAGACUUUUUUAUGGAGAAACAGAUUUGCCAUAAGGAUCAAGAAACUGACUGUGAAAUAGCAGAAAAACCAUCCCAAGAACUUCCACCUGUAUUUUAUGAAAUAAUGAUGUAUGAUAAUUUCACCUUAAUGCCCAUACUAAAUGCAGAAGGAAAUAUUGAAGUUUGUUCCAAUACACUUUGUUGUAAUUUAAUCUACAAACGAUUAGAAAAAACAAAUGAACUGUAUGUUUUAGGAGUUUUUGAUGAUUUACAUACAGUGCAUGGAACAUACUACAUUCAAGCCUGUGUGUUAGUGAAAUGUGGUGGACUUAACUAUACUACCUGUGGGCAAGAAAUCACAGAGGCGGCUGGGUUGAUAGAUUUUCAGCUCCAAGGGAAUUUCAGUACUACUUUUAUCUUUCCUCUUUUGUUAAGAUCUGGUGUCACUCUAGACUUUGCUGACCAUUUGGGCUGGGAAAAGAAUUCCUAUGUCAUGUACAAAACGGGAGGAUCUUCUGGUUUAAUAACAGCUGGCCUAUAUGGACGUUGGUAUGAGAGGGACAAAAAUUAGCAUUUGAUACCAAACAAAUAAUGUCUCAAGAUUAUUAAUGCAAGAACCUAAUAAAUGGGGACUGAUA